CAUGGAUCUGGUGGCGAGGCUCGAAGGCUCCUGAGCGAAUGACGGACAACCAACUCGAAGAUGUCGCGUCAGGCGAGGAAGAUGGUGAAGAAAAACACUGACACUGAGUCACCGACGGAGCACACACGAGAUGGAUGGAUGGACAGAUGCACAACACACACACACCACUCGAUCGAUGUUCUCACUCGCCCUGUUUGUGUGUGUCUUCUCCUCGUCAGAUGCGGCUCCCUCCUCAUGGAACCACACGCCGCCGACAACCUCCGGGCAGUCAUCACCCAGUACCAAGACCGUCCGAGUCACAGCCAUGGACGCAUCGGCAGGGUCGUCGGGUGGCCCCUCACCAGCACCAGAUCAGCCCGCAGAGAGUGGAGAGAGGGAGGGGGAUCUGAGGGCACUUGUGAUGAAGAUGGCUGGCCCGCCGUUCGUCUGUCCGUAUGACGGCUGCGGCAAGUCAUUCGACAGGAGAGGCAAGCUGGAGAGGCACGUCGUCAUCCACUCUGACGCGGUCGGUCCGCACACAGCCACACACAUUCACAGAGGUAUUUCUUUGUGUGAGGGUGUGGUGUGUGGUGUGGUGGUGUGUGCAGCGUCCCCACGUGUGUGGCAUAUGCGGCGCGAGUUACAAGCGGAAGGACUACCUGGACCGGCACAUCCUGACCCACUCGGCCGAGCGGGCCUUCAAGUGCCGUUAUGAGGGCUGCGACAAGACCUUCACUGAUGCCGACUACCGACGCAUCCACGAGAAGACACACGAAGCCAGACAACACUUCUGUGGUGAGAUCGACAUGGAGGGAGAGAGGGAGGGAGAGAGGAAGGGUCUUACGUGUGGUGUGCAUGCUGUGUGUGUGCGUGUGCAGAUGUGUGUGGCGAAUCGUUUCGCCAGAAGAAGCAGCUGCGUCGGCACCAGAUGCGGCACUAUUACGCUGCGGAGGGUGUGGAGGGUCGUGGGGACAAGGGCUUCCGCUGCAGGCACGUCGGGUGCAACCAGCUCAUACACACGUGGGAGGGGCUCAUGAGGCACCUCAAAAGGCACCAACGUGAGGGACGGAGGGAGGGAGGGAGGAUGACAGACAAAGGGAGGGACCGACCAGCGGCAGGCACAAGGGCCUGGCCAUAUCUCUGUGUGUGUGGGUGUGUGCUGUGUGCAUUUCUAACUUUAGCUGCCAACAUGCACGAGUGUGGUGUUGACGGCUGCGAAGCCAAGUUCGCCAAGUUCAGCCAGCUGGUCGCCCACCGGAAGGCCUGCCACCCCAAGCCACCCAAGCCACUCGCAUGCACACUCUGCGGCAAGGUAUGGUUGGUAUGCACUACUACUACAACACUACAGCUACACUUCUCUAUGGAACACGCACACACAUACACAUCAUAUGGCCUGGCCGGAUGUGUGUGUUGUCCUGUGCCUCCCUCCCUUAAUCAAUCAGCGGUAUGCGACCGAGAAAGGCCUGGAGAGCCACAUGCAGACGGUCCAUCCGGACGGCUCCAGCGAGCCCGAGAGGUUUUUGUGCCCUGUGCCGGGAUGCGGCAAGACAUACACAAGGGUCAGUGAGUCAGCCACCCCCACAGGCCUUCUGAUCGGUCUCAUGGAUGGAUGGAUGGAUGGAUCCUCUGUGUGCCCAGCGUUGGAUGUUGUCUCAGCACCAUCGUGUGGUGCAUCUGGGCGAGCGGCCGUUCAAGUGCCCCUACUGCCCCGACGCUUUUGGCUGGAAGCGCGUCUUGCAGAACCACAUCGCCUCUUGCCACCCAGAACACGCUGAAGCACAGGAUGACGACGACUCCACCAACCACGAUCCUGACGACGACGCUGUGGGGGACGCCAUGACAAUGGACAUGGAGGCAAUCCAAGAUGACGACCACCACGAGCAAGAGCCUAGUGCAGAAGCAGCCCCGCCCCCACCCCUCCCCCUUCCCCUUCCCCUCCCCGCCCCUCCCGAAGCCUUUACUGGUGCGCCUCCCGCCGCCCUCCCAAUGGCUGCGUCUCUGCUGCAUCUUCCGAAGAGCAAGGGCGGCCGUGGCAAGAGGGUGAUUGACGCCCCGUGGCUGAUCGACAUGGAGAUAGUGGGGAUUGGCGACAAGAGGCGGAAGAUCGACCGUCUGCUGCACUCGGGAGGGUCAAGGGCACCUGUGCGGAAGAGGAAACAAGGGGGCAGUGAGGCAGUGGAUAAUGUGGGUGUGGGUGUGGACGUGGAGGUGGAGGUGGGUGAGCCAGUUGGUUGAUGUCAGGCAGUGUGUCUGAUAGAUGCGUGGAUGGAUGGAUGUGACGUGAUGGCUUCGAAGGAAGAUGUUUUGAGUGUGCUCUGCUUUGUGGUGUGUUGCGUUGCGUCGCGGACGGACACAGAGGACAUUCUUCUGUUCUUGACCGGCGAUGAAGGCAGGCAGGCAACGUGA